AAAGAGAGUUACGGUUAUGUGGCUAAAUUACACAAUAUUAUGUUUCAAAAUAUGAUUAUUAUUAUUUAAUGUUUAUUUUGAUAUUCAUAUUUUUCACUCCUUUUAUAUUGAUUGAAGGCAUAUGCUGGCGCAGUAAUAAUUCAUUUAACGGUGAAUAGAAAAAUUUUUGAUUUUGAUCGACAUAUCAUUUGCGAUACAACCUUCUAUAUGAAGUCAAACAAUAUAAGAUAAAUAAAUAGAACGACCAAUUGUUUUGAAAAAAAAAGCUUCCUUCUAGUUUUUGAUUUUAAUACGUAAAUAUUAUAAUAUUUCCUAUGUCUAUAGAUGAGAUUAGAAAACGUGUUCUUUCGAAUCUUAGCGAAGAACGAGUAGAAGUCAAUCAUAGACCUUUGAUUGAUAAAAUUUUGGCCCGAUACUCUUCAGAGUUUGUAAUAUAUCGAGAGUUAAUACAGAAUUCUGAUGAUGCGAGAUCAUCAAGUAUCAAAAUUAUAUUUGAAACCGAGGGUAAUAAAUUUGGAAGUAAAAUCAUACGAAUUACAUUCAAAAACAAUGGAUUCGCUUUUAGGCCCGAAGAUUGGGAUCGGUUAAAGAAAAUUGCUGAAGGAAAUCCUGAUGAACAAAAAAUAGGAGCUUUUGGUGUAGGAUUUUAUUCAUUGUUUUCGGUCUGUGAGGAACCAUUCGUUUCAUCUGGUGGACAAGGAAUGGCUUUCUUUUGGCGUCACGGUCAAUUAACUUCAAAACAGGGGCCGACUGGUGAUAUUGACAAAACUUGGACGACAUUCUUAAUGGAUAUGAGAGAACCUAUAGAUCUUCCAAAUGUUGAAAAUUUUGCGCAGUUCUUGGCCAAUUCAUUGGGAUUUACGGGAAAUCUUCGAGAGAUAUCUGUAUAUUUUAAUAAUGUAUCGGCGAUUCACCUAUCAAAAAAUAUUAUGGAGCCGAAAUUGAUGAACAUUUCUCCUGAAAUUGAUACCUAUUCUCCUCGAAAAAUGUUUCAACUUGCCUCUGUACAAGUUAGAGACGUUCAACUUGAAGUUAAAAGAAUACUUAUUCCUACAAAUAUGGGCGCAAACCAAUGGUGUUCGACUGACCUUCAAACGGAACAAGCAUCUAUACUCCUUAGAAUUACAAGUGGAAAUUUAAAUGUUAACGUUAACGAUACGUUUUCUGCGGAAAUGGAACGAAUUACCAAAAAGAAACCACCAAGAAAUACGACUAUACAAAUGAUUUUUACUGGAUUUAAUGAACACGAAAAUUAUAAUGGAACUAUUUCUCCGGUCUUUAAAGAUUUACUUCCAUAUCCGGAGCAAGGAAGAAUAUAUAUUGGUUUCUCAACUCAUCAAACCACCGGAUGUUGUUCCCAUUUAGCAGCUCGCGUAAUCCCUACUGUUGAACGAGAAUCAAUUGAUUUAGCGGAAAAAACUCUUUCGGUAUAUAACAAUGAAAUGUUAUGUUUAGCGGGAACAUUAUGUAGAAUUUUAUAUGAAGACGAAAUGGCUUAUAUAGAACAACUUUAUAAUGAAAUGAUUAGUGAUGAUAAUUCUGAUUCUUUUCGUAAUUGGAUUGAUAUAUGGGCAGCAUAUAAUUUAACAUAUUGUACGUUUAGAAAUAGUACACCAAAUGAGAAAGUUGGUAGAAUAUUAGAAUCACAAUUUUUUAAUUGUACAAAGAAAAAUUUACCAAUCUUAUCAACGAAUGGCGUCCUUCCGAUAUCUAAUGUUCGUAUUCCUAAUCCAGAAAUGGAGGGGUUCAUAAAGAUCGUACCACUUGUUCCGAAAAUAUUAUUUGAUCAAUGUAUCGGAUUUUUUAUGAAAGCAAAAAAUUCUUUUCAAAUUAUAGGAGAGUUAACCCUUAAUGAUGUUUUAUAUGAAAUAAGAAAUCGAACACUUUCUGAAGAUGAAAUGGCUAAACUUUUAAAUUGGAUGAUCUCUUAUAGGUCAAGAGGAAAUAUUGUCGAACCUUCUGAAUUUAAUCAAUUCAUGCAAUUUGCACGCAUCGAUAAGAAAUCACAAUCUUUAAGUACAAUUUGUUAUUUUUUGAAUCCAGGAACAAUUACUUCAGAUGUAGAUAUUCCGGAUGAUGUGUUACCAUAUACUAUUUCCAAAGAUUUGAAUCAUCAAGAUCUUGUAAAAUGGUUUGGAUGGUCGGAAUUACCUUUAGUUAAUUGGGCAAAAUUUAUUAUUAAUAAACCUGAUAUAGAACUUAAUCCCGCGUUUGCUGAAAAAGUUCAUUAUAUUUUAGCAAAUAAUUUAGAUAAUAUUUCACAGAAUGAUAAAGAAACAAUUCGUCAAUUAUUCGUCCAAAAGCAAUGCAUUCCAACUAGAUUUGGUAUGAUGUAUCCUAAUAAAGCUUAUUAUGAAAAUGUUAAUUUAUUCCCCAACUUGCCAACAAUUCAAUUUCAAGUACCUUCAAUGGUUCAGAAUAUAAUGGAUCUUCUUGGCGUUCGAAAAGUUGUUGAAUUACCACUCAUCUUUAGACGCCUUCUUGAUCGGGGAGAUUGGGAUCAUAUGCAACUUGUAAAAUAUCUUGCUUUAAAAUUUAGCGAUCUCAAUGAAAAUGAAAUAAAGAUACUAAAGAGCGUAGCCAUCUGGCCUAAAAAAAAUCCACAACAAGGCAAGAAAGCAGCGAAGCAAGCACAAAUGAUUCAACGUUUUGUCGCCAAUAGUUUGCAUGUACCUUCGCCAAUCCAUCGUGAUCUUGGUUUACCGAUAAUUGAUUGGCAAGGAAGAUGGGAUUGUAAUGCACAAGAAGAAAAAUUUCUCAUUGAAUUGGGUAUACGAGAAUAUCCUACACUUCAAAAGAUCCUGGAAUUAGCAUCACCUCCAACUGAUCCUGAAAUUUGUAAAAAAGCUCUUAAAUACUUUAUCACUAAUUUCGACGAAAAAUAUUCUAGUGAUUAUAAUCCAACUGCAGUUAAUGUUGCAUUUUUACCUUGUUCAAUUCAAGGCAUUUAUGCGAAACCUUCAGAGUGUUUUAUUAACCCUAAGUGUUCGAUAAUGGGAUUUCAAGUUAUACGACAGGAUUUAAAGUUUCAAGUGGAAAAAUUGGGUGUUUUUCAAAAUCCUGAUCCCGUUAAACUUUUAGAUAUGUUAAAAGCGAAUCGACCACAAGAUGAAAAUAAAGGAAAAGAGAUAUUUGAAUAUUUAGCAUCACAACAGGGAGACUUUAUCACUGCUGAUUGGAAUCUUCUCACUUAUCUUGAAUUUAUUCCAUAUAGAGUUUACCCUGACGUAAUUGCUCAUGCCAGUCCAUCUAAAUGUUUCUUUAAAAUUCAAGAAGAUUUUUUAACUGGUUUCUUUUUACGUGUUGACUUUGGAGAAAAGGCUAAUAAAUUUUUACAAAGUUGUGGCGUUAAAUGUGAACCAACUUCAAUAGAUUUUGCUGAAUUAUUAGUAACUUCAUCGAGUGAAUUAAUGAAUUCAAUUCAAUUAAAUGGAGGUGAUGUAGAAAAAUAUUUAUCCAUUUUGAGAAAGAUUGCUAUGGAUGUUAAACUAUAUGGUUCUAUAACCCGUAAACUAAAUUUGAUUGAAAAGAUGAAAUCAGCACCCAUUCUAAUAGCAGUAAAGAGACAAGAUAACGUUAAUAAUAUGAAUGUUGUUAACCAGGAAGUUCAAAAACAUCAAUUAGCUACAGCAAAUGAAAUAUAUAUAAAUGAUGACAUAGUAUAUCAAGAGAUUUUUAAUACAUUGACGGCUCCUGAGGAAGAUUACUUGGAACCUUUAUAUAAGUGGUUAGGAUGUAAAUCAUUGCAUGACGCUGUAAGAGAAGCUUCAGUUCCAAGAGGAAUGAUUUACCAAACUGAAAAUUCUCAACAAUUACAAUUAACGAUUAGGGAAAGAGCAAGCUUAUUCUAUUUUAAGCAUCCAAAACAUGAUAUUAAAAGAGAUGAAGAAUGGCUUAAAAGGUUAAAAGUUAUGGAGGUUUAUUCUAUAGUAACAACAUAUUCAUUAGGAUCAAAGAGUCAUACUAAAGAAAAUAGUACUAGUAUUCUUCAAGAUGCAGGAGGCAUGAAUUCAUGGACUCUUUAUAUAACAUCUAAACUAAAAUUACUCGAUAUUUCAAAACAUAUAGCUAAAAAUAUCUUCAAAACACGUGAAUUUAAUAGUACAUUUUGCAUUCACACACUUUUAACUACGUCCUUAUCAAGUUUAAAAGGUAUGGGAUAUCCGGUUGAUCGUAUUUUACAACAUCCCAAAUUAAAAUGUUUUGAGAAUAGUCAACAAAGAUCACUUAAGAGGAAAGUUUCCGCUACUCCUGAUGUUAUUCAAAAUUUAAGAAAAUCUUUACAAGAUUCCAUAAAUGGCUGUAAUUUAUUUGGUGGAAAUAUUGAUGGUAUUAAUACUCAAGAAUAUUUUGAAAAUAUUCAAAUAAGUUAUUGUGAUAUUAUACCUGCUCAAUCUUUAACACAUGUUGGAUUUUUACAAGAAAUCAAACUUUUCACUUAUAAAGAUGCCGAUCCAUCGGAGAUCAUGUCUCAUACACGCACGGCUCCAUUAACACGUUUUAUUAAUAUACUAAAAGAUCUUUCGGGUGUUUUUGGAAUUGUACCAACAAAAGUUAUUCAUUUAUUUUACGAUGAUAAUACGACUUGUAUUGCAUUCAAUUUUAAUCGAUCAUUAUUUUUUAAUUUCAAAUUUUAUUUGGGGUAUCACGAUAAUGAAUGUAUAACAAGACCUACGGUUAAUGCUAUGACUUAUUGGUUUAUGACAUUUUGUCAUGAACUAGCACAUAAUUAUGUUCACGAUCAUAAUGCUAAACAUGAACAUUAUUUUUCAUCAUUUGCAGAAGUAUAUAUGCCAAAAUUUUUAGAUAUAUUAAAAAAUCAUGAGGCUCCUAAUGAGUUACUUCAUAAAUCAAAACGAGUGAAAUAUUAAAUCUCUCUCUUUUUACAUUGUAUAUUUGUUUUUUUUUUUUUGGAAAU